AUGAAAGUGAAAGUUUGUGAUCAACAGCAGAGCUGCAGUCGAGACAAGUCUCUCUGUUUCUCUGUAAAGAAACAUUCAACUGAAUCCAGCAGCUUUUUCUCACCAACACAGCAGAAUCUCUGACAAACACUGAGUGUAGACAUGUCUGCUGCCAGCUGUCUGCUGACUGAAGAUCAGUUUCUGUGCUCCAUCUGUCUGGAUGUGUUCACUGAUCCAGUCACCAUACCAUGUGGACACAACUUCUGUAAAACCUGCAUCACUCAACACUGGGACGUUAAUGUCCAGUGUCAGUGUCCAAACUGUAAAGAGUUGUUCAACACCAGACCUGAGUUGCGGGUCAAUACUUUCAUCUCUGAGAUGGCUGCUCAGUUCAGACAGUCAGCUCAACAGAAAGCCAGAAACAGAAGCUCAGAGCAACAAGCUGAUAAACCAGGAGAAGUUCCCUGUGACGUCUGCACUGGAACCAAACUGAAGGCCAUGAAGUCCUGCCUGGUGUGUCUGGUCUCCUACUGUGAGACUCACCUGGAGCCUCAUCUGACAACGUCAGGUCUGAAAAGACAUCAGCUGAUCGACCCUGUGGAGAACCUGGAAGACAGGAUGUGUACGGAGCACGAUAAACUGAUGGAGCUGUUCUGUAAGACCGACCAGAUGUGUGUCUGCAUGCUCUGCACUUAUUCAGACCACAAGACACAUGAUGUUGUUCCUCUGAAAGAAGAAUAUGAUGGAAAGAAGGUCGAGCUGGAGAAGACUGAGACUGAAAUUCAGCAGAUGAUCCAGAAGAGACGACUGAAGAUUCAGGAGAUCAAACACUCAGUGGAGCUCAGUGAGGAAGAUGCAGACAGAGAGAUAGCAGAUGGUGUUCAGGUCUUCACCGCUCUGAAGGAGUCUGUUGAGAGAAGCCAGGCCGAGCUCAUCGACACGAUCAAAGAGAAGCAGAGAAAGACAGAGAAACAGGCUGAAGGCUUCAUCAAAGAGCUGGAACAGGAAAUCUGUGAGCUGAAGAAGAGAAGCACUGAGGUGGAGCAGCUCUUACAGUCUGAAGACCACCUCCACCUUCUACAGAGCUUCACGUCCCUUAAAGCUGCUCCACCCACCAAGGACUGGACAGGAGUCAGAGUCAGUCCACCUUCAUAUGAGGGGACUGUGGUGAGAGCUGUGAACCAGCUGGAGGAGACGCUCAGUAAACAGAUGUUUGAGGCCGAGCUGAAGAGAGUCCAGCAGUCUGCAGUGGAUGUGACACUUGAUCCUGAUACAGCUCAUCCCAAACUCAUCCUGUCUGAUGAUGGAAAACAAGUUAAACUUGGUGAUGUAAGGAAGAAUCUCCCAGACAAUCCAGAGAGAUUUGAUUAUUGUGUUAAUGUCUUAGCAAAGCAGAGUUUCUCUUCAGGAAGAUUUUACUACGAGGUUCAGGUUAAAGAGAAGACUAAGUGGGAUUUAGGAGUGGUCAGAGAGUCGAUCAACAGGAAGGGAAAAAUCACACCGACUCCUCAGAAUGGUUACUGGAUGAUAGGGUUGAGGAAUGAGAAUGAGUACAAAGGUUGGGCUGACCCAUCAGUCCGUCUCUCUCUGAAGUCUCAGCCUGAGAAGGUGGGGGUGUUUGUGGAUUAUGAGGAGGGUCUGGUCUCCUUUUAUGACGUUGAUGCUGCAGCUCUUAUCUACUCCUUUACUGGCUGCUGCUUCACUGAGAAACUCUACCCAUUCUUUAGUCCAGGUCUUAAUCAUGGUGGUAAAAACUCUGCCCCUCUGAUCAUCUCCCCUGUCAAUCACACUGAGUAG